AUGAAACGUGAAACUUUAAUACUUGAAGAUGGUUCUGAAUUCAAUGGUUUUGUAUUUGAAGCAUCAACUAAUAUUUCCGGUGAAGUUGUGUUUCAAACUGGUAUGGUCGAUUAUGUAGAAUCAUUAACCAAUCCAUCUUAUUGUGGAGAAAUUCUAGUCCUUACUUUUCCACUUAUUGGCAAUUAUGGUGUACCCGAUGAAAAAAUUAUUGAUGACUUUGGUCUACUUCGAUGGUUUGAAUCAGAUAAAAUUUAUACAUCAGGAUUAAUUGUUAGUGCUUAUACAGAACAGUAUAGUCAUUGGAAUGCUGUUGAAUCUCUUUCAUCAUGGCUCAAAAAACAUAAUGUUCCAUGCCUUUAUGAUUAA